AUGCAUUUUUUGACUAUAUUAUUUUGUUUAUUACUUCAAAUAUAUUUUAUCCAAUGUAAGCCACAAUUUAAUGAAGAAAAUCGACAAAAUUUUGCCGUUGACAAUCAUCACCAACAAUUUUCAUCUAUACAAAAUUUUGAACAUUCAUUAAAAGAAAGGCAUAAUGAAAGGGAUAAUAUUGGUAAUGGAGAUAGAAGGACAGCUUUUGCUGCUCCAACAAAUAAUAUUUUAAGACCACAACAAAAACAACCUUUUAAUUCUGUUGCAUUAAAUGGAGAAAAUAAACAAUUUUUUAAAAUUCAUUACCGAGACGGAAUACAAAAAGCAAUUUUUGAUGAAACACAGAGACGUGCCCCGCCUGAUUUUGGUUUGAGAUUUAAAGAAAGUAAUGAUGUUGCUGGGAGAAAUUUUGAUAUAUACGAUGACUUAAGCCUUGUAGAACCACAUAGAGAAUCAUCAAUAUUUGUUCCUUUAAUUUAUCGAAAUGAAACUUCUUCAGAGGAGGCUUCAAAUGAAAAGAAAAAAUUAUUUUUAACAUUAAGACCACAAAAAGUUCAACCGACUAUCAGGCCUUUAGUUGCACCAGAAUUAAUUGGAAGACAACAAAUUAGUGUUAGAACAACAAGUCCACGUCCAACAACUCCAAUAAUUGGAAGGCCCCUUUCACAACAAACAUUUGCUCAACUUGUCCCUUCACAAACGGUUCUUCCUAUUCAACCAACAACUAUCCGUCCAUUACCACAACCUAGUAGAAGACCUCCUCCACAACAACCUCAAUUUCCUCAACAAGGAUUUCAAGUUUUUAAUUAAUUUUUUAAAACUUCAUUUAAAUUUUAGCAACAAUCCCGUUUUAUUUCAACACCCCCAACAACACAACAAACAAGUUUUCAAACAUCAAAUAAUCCUAUACCAAAUGAAAACAUUGCAAGUAUUCGGACUGGG